AAAUGUCAAAACUUGAAUUCAGUCGCACACUAGAACUGCGUGUGGCCUUAAUUUGUGGUUGCACGUUAAAUACAUCGGCAAAGUUGUGCGGGGAACAAUCAGCUAGCAGGUGCUAGCCUUAGCUGCUAACCAUGCUACUUGAACCUGAACGCUGCAGCUGAAUUAUAUAAAAACACAUGGUGCCCACAUUCUGCUGCAGAGGAGAGCGCACCAGGAUGAGGAGACUGUAGGCACCCGCCGUAGUAUGGCCGCGUCCCGUUCUUCGCGUGUCACAAGGUCAUCAGUGGGGCUCAAUGGAUUGGAUGAGAACUUUUGUGGUCGAACCCUCAGAAACCGCAGCAUUGCCCAGCCAGAGGAGACCUCAGUAUCUCCACAACCCAGGGCACGCUCCCCAAAAAAGAAGCAGGAGCCAAAGCAGGACGGCAAGCAGGAGUCGAAGCAGGAUACCAGUAAAGACUCCAAGCAAGAGUCUAAGCAGGAUACCAGUAAGGACUCCAAGCAAGAGUCAAAGCAGCACACAAGUAAGGACUCCAAGCAAGAGUCAAAGCAGGACACAAGUAAGGACUCCAAGCAAGAGUCAACACCAGAUACCAGUAAGGACUCCAAGCAAGAGUCAAAGCAGGAUACAAGUAAGGACUCCAAGCAAGAAUCAAAGCAGGAUACAAUUAAGGACUCCAAGCAAGAGUCAAAGCAGGAUACAAGUAAGGACUCCAAGCAAGAGUCAAAGCAGGAUACCAGUAAGGCCUCUAAGCAAGAGUCAACGCAGGAUAUUAGUAAAGAGUCAAAGCAGCAUAUCUGUAAGGACUCCAAGCAUGAGUCGAGGCAGGACGCCAUCCAGGAGUCGAGGCAGGACGCCAUCCAGGAGUCGAGGCAGGACGCCAUCCAGGAGUCGAGGCAGGACGCCAUCCAGGAGUCGAGGCAGGACGCCAUCCAGGAGUCGAGGCAGGACCCCAUCCAGGAGUCGAGGCAGGACCCCAUCCAGGAGUCGAGGCAGGACCCCAUCCAGGAGUCGAGGCAGGACCCCAUCCAGGAGUCGAGGCAGGACGCCAUCCAGGAGUCGAAGCAGGAGCCGAAUGACAAUAAACAAGACAUUAAGCAGGACACUCAUGAGGAAUUUAAUCAAGACUUUAAGCCAGAGUCAAUGCAUGCUGCUAAACAAGACACAAAACCACAGGAAACCUCCUUGCAUGAUAGCCAGCAACUGGACAUUUCGCAGAGAAACAUAACUGACUCCAGUGUUUCUGCAGGUGAUACUGAUCAUUCAACCAUCUCAAGAAAGCGGGGUGUUUCCUGUUUGGAAAAAGGCCUCGGCCAAGAUAAGUCCGCGAAUUGUGACACAGGGAAAGAGUGGCGGGAUACCUCUCCUCAAAUCAAAAGGGCCAAGCAGUGUUCUCCCUCUGGAGAGUUUCUGGGACAGGAAGAGAGUCAAGGGUUUCUAAAUUCCCAAAGUCAAGUUUCUGUCUCAGAGCCUUGUAAGGACACAAUUUGUGAAGACUUACCCAGCCACAACUCUUCUAACGCACCACCUGCCUCAUCUGUCCUCAGUGAGCAUGAAGGGGAGGUAAUUGGGCGACAGGUGAAGGAAGAACAUUGUAUGGAUUGUGUUGGGCAAGUUUUGCCACAAAAUCUCCAUAAGGCCUCUAAUGGACUCAGAGAAACUGAUGCAGAGGAAGCUAGCACAGUCACUGAACAUCCCAGUGCAACCCCCACCUCUGCCACCAGUUUCCCGUCUCUGCUAAAUGGCAGUCAGAUGGAGGCUCCCUCAUCCCUUGACCCCUCUGUGCCUUUUAGAAACUCUGUACCUGGGCAAAUGGAGGUCUCUGGCUCAGGAGAAUCACCAGCCUCAUCUGCACUAACAAUUAUGGGUGCUGCAGAAGAUCCUGUUCCUGAGUUGAUAGUGGCCAAAGACCAGGAUGUGGAGGAGGUGGAAGUUGACGUGUUGGAUGACCCUUUGUGUCUGGCUCACGAGGAGCAGGUGAUUGUGAGUGAAGGCGAUACAAACGGCCGACCGCCAUCACCGGUGCAGGAACCUGCUGCCUCCACCUUGUCCUCUACUGCAAACAUAAAUUGUAGUUCAGUCAACAACAGCAACUCAGGAGAAACUACGCCCACACUCGCAACACCCCCAUCCCCCACAGAGCCAGAGUGUAAUUCUUCAAUCUCCAGCAUGCCCCCUUCUUUCACAGAGCUCUACGAACACAGAUAUACCUUGCGGACUUCACCUAGGAGAGUUGUAUCUGGUGGGAAAGCAUCUCCCUCCAAACCUAGCUCUCCUUUGACAGACAAUGGUCCAUUUAGGGAAGAAUGGGAGGUGGAGGAUGACUGUCCAAUGAUAGAGGAACCUUCUUGCUCAGUUUCAGUUGGUCCCUCCAGUGAGGAGCCAGGUUCUGUGAAUCCUGGUUACAGAGCAGGUGAUAAACACAGUGUCUUUACGGAGGACAAAGAGACAGAAAAUGGAAAGGAGCUAACACAGAGCCAGGCUGUUGAAGAAGAGGAGGAAGAAGAGGAGGAGCCAGAUGUGUAUUACUUUGAGUCAGACCACCUGGCUCUUAAACACAACAAAGAUUAUCAGAGACUGCUGCAGACCAUCGUAGUACUCGAGGCUCAGCGUGCACAGGCCAUUCUUGACCUGGAGACAUUGGCACAUCACCAGAGAGAGGCUCUUGCUGAUCCUAUCUGCUUUGUGGAGCAGCUGCAGAAACAGGCAAAUUUGGGUUUGCCGUGUCCUCAGCGGGUCGUCCAGCUCCCUGACAUUGCUUGGGAUCAGUACACCUCGGGCCUAGGGGAGUUUGAGAGGGAGUUCUGUGACAAGAAACGGAAGACCCGGCAGCUGAACUUGAUCUUUGAUAGAGGUUUGCCUCUUAGACCAAAAAGUCCUGUUGAACCCAAGAAAGAAGGGGAAUCCUCAACCGUGUACUCCUCUCUUCCCACGAGUGAUGGCCCUGAGCACGGCAGGGAAACACAGAUGAUCAGGGGGAGGAUUUGUCACCCAAAUAAGCCUGACACAUUUAACCAGCUGUGGACGGUGGAGGAACAGAAAAAACUGGAACAGCUUCUUGUUAAGUUCCCGCCUGAAGAAGUGGAGUCCAAACGAUGGCAGAAGAUCGCUGAUGAGCUUGGCAAUCGAACUGCCAAACAGGUUGCUAGCAGGGUUCAAAAGUACUUCAUCAAACUGACAAAAGCUGGUAUCCCUGUGCCUGGAAGAACCCCAAACCUCUGCAUGUACACUAAAAAGGCCUCCAGUAAGAGACAACAUUACCUAAACAAGCAUCUGUACCGACCGUCCACCUUCCUGACCUCCUACGAGCCUCCGGUCUACAUGGAUGAUGACGAGGAGCACUCAGGGUAUUACAACAGCGUGCAGGACCCCUCUGCUGAUGAUUCGGAUGAGGAAAGUGUGCCUGUGGAGCUGAGGAACUUACCAGAGUACAAAGAGCUUUUACAGCUGAAGAGGUUGAAAAAACAGAAGCUCCAGGAGAUUCGAGAGGAUAACGCCGGGGUGCGGCACAUGGGUUACAAGUGCGACGUGUGCAGCAUGGAUCCCAUCCAGGGAGUCCGUUGGCACUGUCAGGACUGUCCACCAGAAAGCUCUGUCGACUUCUGCUCCAACUGCUCAGACUGCUUAUUCAAGACGGAGACCCAUAAACCUAGCCACCACUUGGAACCGGUGUAUCAACCAGAAACCUUUCUGGACAGGGACUACCGCCUGCCGCAGAGCGCAGGCUACAACUACUUGGACCCUAAUUACUUCCCAGCCAACAGAUGACAGGGUCCCAGGCGCCCCUAGCUCCAAGCUGUCUCUCUCUCUCUCCACAUGUCUUACAGGCCACUCUGUGCAUGGCUCCAUCUUCUGAACCCGAGAUAACAGCUUAGCCCUCCACCAGGCGUACAGUUGACCAGGAAGGUGGGAGUAGAGCAGACCUCAGCUCUAAAGCUGGUGGAGUGUGCCCAGCAACACCUCAGCCACCUUAUUCAGAAACUGUAUGUUUAAAAAUAAGAAAAGCAGAAGGCACACAACAUUCCUGAGCUCCACAACUCCAGUCGGGCUGUCUCCGUUUCCAGUUUUCUCCUCCAUGCUGCUUUCAAACUGGAAAAUUGAUUAUUGGUCCGGUGAAGCACCAUCUAAUGGAGACAGCAACCGUGUCAUACUAUCAGCAGAAACACUUAGGUUGUUUUCUGCGCGCAUGUGGUCUCCACAUUCCCCAAGAAUGAAGAAUACUUUAAGAAAAGGAUAAAAACUUUGAGCAUUCGUCUGAGUGUUUUUAGACUGUUGGGAUUUCUGCAGACCUCACUGUGUUUCAUCAUGAACUCAUCCCUUCCACGGCUCUAAACCCUUUCACCUUCCCAACCCACACCUUCAUCCGUUUCCUUUUGCUCUCUCCGCUAAAACACGUCUAACUAGGAAACACUACAGCACAGAGAGCUAUUUCUUUUCUUUCGUUGAAGGCGGGCAAAUGAGAACGUGUUGAAAAACACACAGAGCAGUGUUUUUGUCUUCUUUUAUUUCCUCCUCCCUCAUCGUGUGCCGUUGUUGAUCAUGUUGCGUGUUCAAGUUUAUGGUGAAAAGUGAAAAGUAGCCACCGCUAGUUGCUGUGUGCCAUUAAAAAUAAACACAAACAAAAAAGAUGGGGUUAUCUUUCCCUUCAGGCAGAGGGAGAAACCCUGAAAGCCGACCACAUUUUCUCCAUCACUGUUAUCAACUCCCCUCAUUAUGCCUCUACAUCUCUAAUUUUGCCACCCACAUUAAAAGGUCCAUUUAAAAAGAUUGUAUUUUUAUUAAUCUAUUUAAAACAUGAAUAAUUGAGGUAGUGGUUGGUGCCUCGGCAGUGGAGCGACCCACAGAGUUUUAUAUACAUAGAUUUUGUUGUGCUUGAAUAGACACCAUUUUGUAUGGUUUUUGUCUUCUUUCCUUCACCACCUUUGCCCUGCUUCAGUAUCUGUGUAUAACAGUCUGUUCUUAUGUAAAAAAAAUAAUAAUGUAAAAAAAAUGCUAGAGGAGAACAGUGGAAAUAAAAAAGUAUGUGAAAAACGUU